AUGACACAUUCAGAUUCCAAAAAAGUCCAUGAUAGUAAGAGACGGCAACCCUCUUCAGCGCCAGAAGUGUAUAUGUCAACAAAUUACGCCCCAAACGAUCAUUCAGGCAGCUACAAUCAUCGUGCUCUGAAUCGGGAUUCAGCACCAAAGGUUGGCAUCCCGCCCAGUGAGGUACACAAUCCUUUUUUACAGAAUACAUCUGUGCAUCAGGGGACGUUCUAUAUCAUAUUUCUCCCCAUCGUAGCCGGGUUCGUGCUCGCUUUUUUGAUCGGUUCUGCUUAUCAUAGGUUUCGAGCCAAAAGUCAGGCUAAGGAUGUGAAUUCAACGGAGGAAUCUUUUGACUCAGAAGGUACAGAACCACUCGAUGAUGGAGGCGGAAUGCUUGAAAUUUUGAGAGGCCGAUCCCAUCGUGCGGCAGACGAGAUUAUCAAUCCUCGACGCACCAAAUUGACCAACUCCAGCACUACGUUGCCAGCCAACAAUGAGAAAAUUUACUAUCAACCAUUGGCAGAUAAGCAGGAGGUUAGGACCCUCCAAUUGAGAAAACUUGAAAUCUCUCCAAGUACUAUUUCAUCCUUUUCACCUCCUCAGCGACCUCCGCUGCCAAAGAAUGCAAUUAGUAGUGUUCUUUUGGAUGAAUUUAUUGAGACUGGGGAGAUACCUUCCAUUGUUGAGCCCUUGGCCUCGAAUGAUACCAAAGAUCAUACACCUGAUCCAUAUCUAUGUUACGAUAGCUCUUCUCCAUCAAAUGUCUCGAAAACAUUCCGGUCAAACCACAGCUACAGCCGUAGCCCUAAGAGGCAUUUACUUAGCUCAAAGAGUUCUUCAAGGAGUGAGAAGAGCUUGAGAAAUUCUUCGAGUUAA